CCGCUGCCGCCAACCUCGCCGACCACCACGCCGCUGCAGCAGUGCCGCCACUGUUCCGUCACGUCACCACCUUCACGCCGGAAAACGCAGGAGCAAAACCAGCGGCAGCAACAACCAGAAUAGCAACAACCUCCGCGCGCCACCACCAUCUUCUCGCCUCCGCGCCACUUCUUCCUCACGCAGUAGCCAUGGAAACUGCCACCGCGAAGCAAACUGGCGCGCCUCCAUUGCAGAUCUACGAACAGCAACAACAACCGCAGUUUCGCACACCACCAUCUUCCUCCCUCCAUUUGCGCCGCCGUUUCCGACAACCAUCGCAGCUCCGCGAACCAGAACACCACCACCACGAACCUGCAUCUGCGCGAACCUUCUCCGCAGCGCAUCCGCCAGCGCGUCCUCAUCGCUUAGCCAUGGCAGCCACCUUCACACGCCAGCAGCAGCGCCUGCAACCACCGCGAGCUUUGCCGCAGCCACCACGUCGGAGCAGCUCCUUCGCACCACCAUCUCUGCACCUUGCGCCACCGCGAGUUCUUCUCCCACAGCCACAGACGAACCAUCCAGCGGUGCCACUCACGAUCAUCUUCUCCGUGGCGCCACCAGAUCCCGCAGUUCACCACCUGUUCUGCAGCACCGCGCCGUCUCCAUCUUCUCGCGCAGAACGCCACCGCGAGCACACCACCACUGCAGAACCACCACACCUCCAUCUUCUCGCCUCCGCAUCUACAGCAACAACGCGAACCAGCGCCGCCACUCCAUUUCCGCAGCCACCGCCGCAGAUCGAACGAGAUGAACGUUUCCACCUUGCGCCACCACGAACCUGCACUGCGGAUCAGCGUCACCGGAGAAGAAGAAGAAGCAUGCCGCCAUUGCCGUCACGAGGGAGGGAGGAGACCGCUGCCGCCAACCUCGCCGACCACCACGCCGCUGCAGCAGUGCCGCCACUGUUCCGUCACGUCACCACCUUCACGCUGGAAAACGCAGGAGCAAAACCAGCGGCAGCAACAACCAGAAUAGCAACAACCUCCGCGCGCCACCACCAUCUUCUCGCCUCCGCGCCACUUCUUCCUCACGCAGUAGCCAUGGAAACUGCCACCGCGAAGCAAACUGGCGCGCCUCCAUUGCAGAUCUACGAACAGCAACAACAACCGCAGUUUCGCACACCACCAUCUUCCUCCCUCCAUUUGCGCCGCCGUUUCCGACAACCAUCGCAGCUCCGCGAACCAGAACACCACCACCACGAACCUGCAUCUGCGCGAACCUUCUCCGCAGCGCAUCCGCCAGCGCGUCCUCAUCGCUUAGCCAUGGCAGCCACCUUCACACGCCAGCAGCAGCGCCUGCAACCACCGCGAGCUUUGCCGCAGCCACCACGUUGGAGCAACUCCUUCGCACCACCAUCUCUACACCUUGAGCCACCGCGAGUUCUUCUCCCACAGCCACAGACGAACCAUCCAGCGGUGCCACUCACGAUCAUCUUCUCCGUGGCGCCACCAGAUCGCGCAGUUCACCACCUGUUCUGCAGCACCGCGCCGUCUCCAUCUUCUCGCGCAGAACGCCACCGCGAGCACACCACCACUGCAGAACCACCACACCUCCAUCUUCUCGCCUCCGCAUCUGCAGCAACAACGCGAACCAGUGCCGCCACUCCAUUUCCGCAGCCACCGUCGCAGAUCGAACGAGAUGAACGUUUCCACCUUGCCGCCACCACGAACCUGCACUGCGGAGCAGCGUCGCCGGAGAAGAAGAAGAAGCGUGCCGCCAUUGCCGUCCUCGCCUAUCAUCGUAUACCUGACAGCUUUAGCCAUCCAACUCCUAUAAGCGUUAGGUGGGGGGUUACCGGUUUGAAG